AUUUACAAGUUCUUGACAUUCAAUCCGGCAUAGUUCGCAUCAUACUUCAUUCCUUGAGAUUUACAGGGAAGAAACAACGCUGGCCUCUCUUCCCUUCCGUUUCAAAGGGUCCAGCGGUGCCAAUAUGGCGCCCAUCACCCAGACGGUUCACCACCACCGUUCGACCACCAAGACCACACACAAGCCUUUCAAGAGCAGACAUGCCUCCAAGAGUGCAUUGAAAGACCAAGCCAAAGGCAAAGUCGAACAUGAGAGGGGCACCCGUAAGACGCCUCAUCAGCAGCUCAAAUCAAAACUCGAUCGGAGGAACCAGGCUCGUCAAAGACAGCAAUUGAAGCAACAGAGCAGAGCUCAGACCGUUAGCAUCUUCUCCGGCCAAAACGGUGCCCCGCGUCAUGUUGCUAUCGUACCGCUCUCCGCAGACAUUGAUGUCCCCUCCGCAAUCCGCUCCUUGAAUGAGAGUGUUGAUAUUGCCGACGAUCUCACCUUGGAGGGUGCCUCGCGUGUUCGGAUUGACCGUUUCCGGCAAAAUGUGUUGUACAUCCCCGCAAAAUAUGACCUGGUUAAUGCGCUAGAUGUGUGUCGAGUUGCGGAUUUCGUUGUACUCGUGCUGCCUGCUGAAACAGAGGUGGAGGAGGACGGAGAACUGUUACUGAAAUCGAUUGAGAGUCAGGGUAUCUCUAAUGUCCUUGCUGUUGUUCAGAACCUCAACAAGGUCGAUCCCCCGAAGAAGCGACCCCAGGUAGCAGCUUCUCGGAAAUCCUUCGCCAAUCACUUCUUCCCGUCGAUCGAAAAGGUUCUUUCUCUCGAUUCCAGACAGGAAUCAUCGAAUGUCGUUCGAUCCAUUUGCACGGCAGCACCCAAGGGAAUACAUUGGCGCGACGACCGCAGCUGGAUGCUUAUCGAGAACAUCCAGUGGCCAGAGUCUGGCUCUGAUGUGGUUGAUGAUGUUGUCCUAACCGGCGUCGUUCGCGGAAAGGGCUUGAAGGCCGACCGUAUAGCACAUAUCCCUGGUUGGGGCGAUUUCCAGAUCGACUCCAUCACCGCUGCGCCGCUACCCAAUGCACGCAGCAAGCGUGACGAUGCCAUGAAUGUGGACGGUACUGAAUCUCCCAAAGUUCUGGAUUCUCCAACGGCCGAUCGCGACGAUAUGGCAACAGUUUCCCCGGAGGAGAUUGAAAUGGACGACGAUAUGGUUUCCCUUCCUGAAACGGAACGAAAAGGUGUUCUCCUUGACGACCACCACUACUUCUCAGAUGAGGAUGAAGAUGGCUCUUACGCGCUACCAAAACCGAAGAGGCUACCUAAGGGAACUUCGGAGUAUCAGGCAGCUUGGUAUCUGGAUGACGUUUCCGACUCGGGAUCCGAUCUCAUGGACGCGGAUGAAGAAGAGGAUAUUGAAAUGGAUACUAGCGGAGCUCCCGAAGAUGGGAUAUUCCCAGACAACCGGGACGCCAUGACGGAAGCUGGACCUUCCGAGUAUCCACAGUCGGAAAUGUUCCUUGAUCCAUCUCCUGAAGACGAGGCGCAGCAACUAGAAGAAUAUCGAGCUAGCCGCAGGAAGGAAGCGAGCGAUGACCUUGAAUUCCCUGACGAAAUUGAACUACAUCCUAACGUGCUUGCAAGAGAACGACUGGCGCGAUAUAGGGGACUGAAGAACUUCAAAACAAGCAGUUGGGAGACAUCAGAGGAUCGACCCCAUGAACCAGAGGAUUGGCGUCGGCUCCUUCAGUUUGUUGAUUACAAGGGCUCCAAGAGCAAAGCCAUCCGGGAAGCCCUGGUCGGCGGUGCCAGCCCUGGGGCUCGUGUUAACGUCCAUCUCCGGGCCGUACCAUCAUCCAUGCGUAGUCGCCCACAGCCUCUAUCGCUCUUCUCGCUCCUUCGACACGAGCACAAACACACCGUCGUGAAUGUCAGCAUGUCUUUGACUUCCAAUGUCGAAGAACCCUUGAAAUCAAAGGAAGAACUCAUUGUCCAAUGUGGCCCGCGGCGUUUCGUCGUCAACCCACUCUUCUCCGCCGACGACGUUACCCCCAACAACGUCCACAAAUUCAACCGCUUCCUGCACCCAGGCCGCAGCACCAUCGCAACAUGGAUUGGCCCUCUGACAUGGGGCGCCGUACCGGUCCUAGUCUUCAAGAACCAACCCAUCCAGGACCCUGAAAUUCUCGACUCAGCUGAUAACCAACCAACUCAGAGUCGACUAGAACUGAUCGGAACUGGCACCGUCGUCGCACCCGAUCAUUCUCGAGUUGUUGCAAAGCGUGUGAUUCUCACAGGCCACCCGUUCAAAAUCCACAAGAAGGUUGUCACGAUCCGGUACAUGUUCUUCAAUGCCGAGGAUGUCAACUGGUUCAAAGCCCUUCAAUUGUGGACCAAGCGCGGUCGCAGUGGAUAUAUCAAGGAGAGUCUCGGUACACAUGGUUACUUCAAGGCUACGUUCGAUGGCAAGCUUAAUCCCCAGGAUACCGUGGGGAUCAGUUUGUAUAAACGGGUCUUUCCUCGGAAGGCGAGGUUAUUGGAAGAUCUUGUCGCUGCUUGAGCGGAAGGUGGUUUUCUUAUAUUCUUGAAACUAUCGGCGUACCGUUCUCUUGCUUUUGUGUUGUGCCAUUAGGUCUUGGAAGUCGUCUGUCGUUGUUGGGGAGAAUCUUAUGAUACGAUACCACUUGCAUGGAUUUAUGGAAUUUCCAUCUUAUCUACAAAAUUAUCUUUUUGUUAUUGAAUCUGUUUGAUACGUCGAAAAGCAUUCAAAACAAAAUCUUUAUGUAGACGGAAGAGGGUAGCUUAGGUCUUUUUAACGAGUUAUGAUUCACAUCUGUCUUCCCCUCGGAUACCAUUAU